CGCGAAGAGGGACGAGGAACUAGCUUCUUUCGAGCUGUCGCCAUGGAUCUGCAGCCUCCUUCGGUACUGGCUCAAUUGCCUCGUCCGCUACAUGCUUCGACUGGCAAAAUCCACAUCGGCGAGGUCUACAGCUUGGCCGACUCGAAAAAGAGAAAGAGAUAUGAAGUUGUUGUCGCAGUGGACGGGGAGGCAGUGAAUAUUUACAAUAUACAAACGCCAAAACUUGCUACCUCGUACGCUGUUCCGCCGCAAUCUUCAUUUUCUUGCCGGCCACUCUCGGUUCGCAGAAAGCUUUCGAACAAGUUAGCGAUCAGAAGGCAGACUUAUGUCGCAGUUAGCCGUCCCGAAUUACAGGUAAAAUGCUUCAUUGAGCAGAGCGGAGCCGGUGAAGCGAGCGGGCCUGCUAUUUCAUCAUCUGCGUUCUCCGUGAAGGAUUCAAAUAGUCCCACAGUUUUCUUGGGGACAGUUUCUAGUGGUGUAGAGAAAAAGAAGGAUGAAGAGGAUGAGACACCUUUCGAUAUUCUUGCUGUCCAUAAAGAUGGUCGCGUUCGAAGGCUGGCGCCGGAUCUCGAGACCCAACGGUGGAGCAUCAGGCAUAGCGAGAUUGCAAAAGUGGGCACAGGUUACGAAGUACAUUCCUGCUUUCUUGCUGAAUUUGAAGAUGUGAAGAAAUCUCUCUUCAAGAGGAGACAAGAUCUACUGGCGUUGGCGCUGAGUGACGUUGCAAGCUCUGGUGAGGAACCUUCGGUACUACUGGUAGUUUCUCAUCCUACUGGCACCGAUCCCAUCAAAUCACAGGAUGUCAAAGUGCAUAUAUUUUCAGUUCCUGCGCAUGCGCGGUCAGACAGUCUUGUACUGGACGAGGGCCAAAAACUCAGACACUUAUUGACCGUCAGUUUACCGAAUUUAGACAACCAGAGAACGUUUAAGAGAGAUGGCAUGCAGUGGAAUCUCCAUGCGGGGUCAGCAGGCUUGAGCCUUUCUUUUGAGAAGGGAUUCAUUAACUUUGACCUUUCACAAUACUCGCCUGCCGUGACCUCACAGUUUAUUCUCGAAGAUGAACGGUUCUCUUCAGUCAUGCGCAUUUCUGCACAGUCUGUCAUUGGUGCUGGGAAGUCUAUCAUCGCGUUGUAUGACACGCGAUUUCAAUCCGUUCUGCGGAGCAUUGCGGUUGAAGAUGUUUUAUCCGGCGGUGCUUCGGGAACCGACGAUUCAAAGACGCCAACGACGUUCUUGGGUUACUUUGCGAAAUUGGGCGUGGUUGUAGCUACAAAAGGAAGUUCGCUACUUGCGUUCGACAUAGACUCGUCGACCUCUGGCUCUAGGUCUUCUCUCAAAAGACAGAGGGAUGGACUUUUGGUCGAUGCCAUUGGGCGCGGCAUAGGCUUGUCCACGGAGAUAUGGGGCGCGGUCUCAAAAAGGCAGCGAAGUGAAGAUAAUACUGUACUGAGUCUCGGCUCCUCAGAGCAGGCGGACACAUGGCGCCAAUUCGUGAAAGAGCUGGGGGAAGCUAUCAAGUCUAAAGAUGGUGCCGCUUUCGAUCGUGCAAUGAAGGCAUAUUUCAGCCCUUGCGAUGGACCAAAUGGAUUGCCUUCAGCGGAACAUUUCUUCAAUCCGGAAUUGAUACUCUUCCUUUUGUCGAAGAUAUUCUCGCUGAAGGAGACCCGUGACAAGGACGUGACGCCCUCGUCUCAGGUCUCGAUUACAUUGUGGCCAGAGAAUACGUGCAACUGGCUCAUUGAAUUGGGACAGUUCUCUAUGAACAGUGUUGAGGUUGCAUUGCGUCGAUCCUCCAAGCCUCGCAUUUUACCACCAUUUCCAACGGGUUCUUUUGCACAGGCGUUGAUCGAAGCAGACCCUUCUUCUCGACGCCUCAUUCAAGUUCUUCAGGGUCCUGUCAUACUGGAUGUAUCUGAACUCGCCUACUCGCUCAAACUCUUCUUGAACAUGGCACGUUCCGCGAUUGUAGAGGAACCAGCAGCCGCCGCAGCAGCCACCAGUAACGGAAUUGUCGACGAGUAUCAAGACAUUUACAGCAAUAACACCAAUGAUGCCGAUAAAUCCCUAACAACGAAAUCAAAAAACUCAUCCGAACCCUCCCUAACAAACGUCUUCACGGGUCUAAAUGUUGCCCUCGGAAAACUCCACUCCCACCCCAUCGCCUCCAUCACCAAAGCCCUCCGUUCCAAUUUAUCCAGAACAGAAAUCAUCUCCAUCCUCCAUCACCUUCGCCUCUGCCUCGCAACAGGAGGCUAUACAUCCCGCUUCACAGAACACCCCCCGACCCCAGUCUCGCCCGACCAGGUCUCCCCGCCUCUCUCUCUGGACACCAUCACAGAUCUCCUCAUCGCAUCCGUCGAUUCCAUCGGCCCCUCAGGCUGGAUCUCCGCCGCUUCCCCGACGGAUAUCGUUGGCAUCGCCGCUGCGCAAGAAUUCGAUCUAAUCGGGGAAAUGAAGUCGGAGAUCUCCGCCGCCCUCGCCGGAGUCGAGGAAGCGAUGUACCUCAAGGGUAUUCUGCGAGAAUAUAUCCGGUUUGGCGAGAAGGUUGUCUCGUCCUCAAACAAAGACGGGGAUGAUAAUGCAACUGCAACCGCAACCGACAGCGCCUCUACGAACGUAGCAGAGACGUCUACAACAACAACAGCGCAAGUAACAGUUCAAACGCCCAUACCCGCAACACGGCACGAAAGACUCAACGGCGCAGACCUGAUUAUCUUCUCCGCCCCGUCAGACGGAUCGGACUCCUACUUCUAUAACAGUAACGAAGACGAAGCGGAUGCCCGAAACAAGAUGCUCCCCUUAUCGCUCACUCCUUCCGCCGUGACGGACGUGAGUAAGACAAAGGUCAAGAAGUCCACGGGUGAAGUCAAGCAGAGAAGUACCCGUGAGAUAGGGUAUUUGCGCCGGAAGGCUGUUGGGAAGUAUUCGUUUGAGAGGCUCAUUGUGUAGCCUUUUUUUAACCUGAACUGGGGGACUUGAUUAUUAUUACUUUUUUUUUACUUAGCAUAUGUACUUUUUUUCUAUUAACGUUGAAGGCCUUCCCUUUCCAUUUUAGUGCUCAGGUCUUGGCACCCUGAGCAUGGGGUCAGUGCUGGAGUGAGCAGUGGGUAAGAUGUAGCCUCAAUAAAAUGCACCAGCACCAGUGUUUUUGACCACAUUAUUGUUUCGGUUUCUCCCCCACAAAAAAAGCCCGGCAUUUGCCCAUUUUGCCUGUAUAAUCAACUGCGUCAACCCAUCUCCAUACAGUUCAUAAGCAUGAAAGUAAUUU